AUGCCACCCAAGAAACGAUCAAGAAAGGCGAGCGUCGCAGAAACGCCUCCAGCCGUGAAAGUUGAGGAAGAAAUCGGAGAAGAAACACCUCAAUUCGAAGAAAUUGACGAAAAAAGUGAGUAGAAAACAAAAAAAGUAGAAGGAUUUGGGGUGCGUAAACAGUGAAGCAACGUACUGGAUAAAAAUAACAAAAUUCCGCUUUUACACCCAAUAAAACUUUUUUUCGCCUUUUAAAUUUUUGAUUUGGAUUAAAGUAACGUUUUUAAUAUUCAGAUGUCGUUCUGGAAGAGUUUACACCGAACAAAAGACGCAAAAAGCUGCAAAAUGCUCCAGAAAGUACUCGCUCUUCUGGACGAGGCGGUGGCAGCGUCUUUCAUUUCGAGUAUUUUUUUUUCUUCCUUUUAUUAAUUCAAUGAAAAAUUUUUAGCGAUGAAUCGAAUCAGUUUUAUCCUUGCCCCAAGUGCGAUCUUCAUUUUAAUGCCCGUGCUUCUCGAAAUUUCCACAUGCGGAUUGCGCAUCACGGUUACGUUUACACGCCAGGCGAUGAACUGAAAAGAUUCCAAAAUGAGGACGUUGAAGUUAAAAAGGUACUGCUUACCAUAAAUUAAAACGAAAUAAGCAAUUUUUCAGCCUAAAGGGAAGAAAUUCGCGAAGAAAGUGGAUAAAGUCGAAGAUUUUGGUCGGUUUUCAAGGAUCUUCAUUUUAUUAAUUUUUGAUUUUCAGGCAAUGUAAAGAUAGAGAAUUCCGAACAGAAUGUUGAUUUUGAAGCGAAUUUUUGUGCUCCUGGAAAUUCUCAAGAAUCGGAAAUUUUUGAUAAUUUUCAUUUUUCUGAUGAUGUUCAGGACGUUGCUGUUGAGGUGGGAGUUUAUUUUUGUUUUAUUUUUUUUUGCGAAAGGGGUUUUUCACGUUUCACGCAAAAAUCUUUUUUUGGCAAUUUUAUCAAGUGACUUUUUUUCUAUUUAAAGAUAGGAAUAGAUUUUCAGACUUGAUACAAUACGUUUCACUCAACAUUCUUUAUGUUCAGAGGCGAUUUUUAUGUAAUUCUCGAUAGGAGGAUUAGUUUCUAAGGAUAUUUUCCAACUCUUUUGCGCAUUUAAAAUUCUCAGCAAUGGCUCUUGAUCCGAAUAUUUUUGCUCAAAUAACUUGAAAAGUUCAGAAAUUCCAACUUUGCUUUCAUUUUCUCAACCAAUUUAUCAUGUUUGAAAAGAGCUUUAAUAAGUUUUUCUUCUUAAGGUGGAAGUUGCUGGGGUGCCAGAGCCUUGUGAUUCCUCCCUAUUGGACCACGAUUACGCCUAUUUUGGAAUGCAUGUAGAAGAAGAACAUCACGAAAUCGAAGAAGCUGAACAAGUCGACGAAUAUUUCGAAAAAGAGCAAGUUUUAGCUGCUCCAGCUUCAGCUCAACCUCAUCGGAGAGGACGACCUCCGAAAGCCAAGGUUUUUUUGGUUUCAUUUCGAAAUGGGUCCCUAAAAGGUUGUGAAAUGGUUCGUUUUGAAGGCAUUUUUUGGGUCUUUUUGUAUCUUCAUGUAAAGUUUUUCAGCCUUUCCAGCCUUAAUUAAGUCUUCGGCUGAGUUGACAAGUAAAUUUUGCCAAUUUUAUUGAAGAAGUCACUUAAGAACACCAAGCAGCCCCUAGAGAUAACCCUUGGAUUUCACUGGGCGCUGCAAAAUAGCUUUGAAAGUGAAGAUUAAAAUCAGAAAACCCAGCCUGCCUCAAGCCUUAAAAAUCAAAAAUUUCAGAGGCUCAAUGAAGGUCGCAACAACAAAACCUGUCCAUACCUUUUCCGAAUUUUGAUGUAAUUUUUUCCAGGAAGAUUUUUCAAUUUCGAUCAAGCUGACAAUGUCGGAUCCGCAAGGGAAGUACAAGUGUUACGUGAAAGACUGCGACUGGAAAGGCGGCUACCGGUCGAUGAGGGCCCAACACAUGAGAGUCAUCCACCCCGAGUGGAAAAUGCCCGAUCGAUUUUUGUUGCAAGUAAGAAGACUUCUUAGAAUGUUUCGAUUGAGGCUUUGAAUCUAGGAUAACGAUUUGUAAAGGAUCAGAUUUCGUUAUUUAUUCCAAUCAUAGGCAAAAUCGAAAGGACCCUUUACGGGCCCUUUGAGCGUCCAUUAUUUCCAUUAAUUGUUCCUCAUUAACGGUUUCCUUUUCUCUGCCUUUUCCGUCCUUUUAUAGGCCUUCAUCCACCCUUUUUGAACCCUUUCAAGAAACAAGAAAAUUUUUUAAAUUGAGAAUAAUGUUUACUAGUGACUGUGUAUGAACCAAAAUGUGCUACAGUAAUAAAAUCGGAAAUCAUCAAUGGCCGAGACUUUCAGCACCUUUUUUGCGGUCUCAGACUUUUUUUGAGGCUUUUUAGCCCACCAAGAAAAAAAAAGGCUCAAUAAAGACCACAAAACGGAACCCUUUCAGCGGCCAAUUUGCACCCAUUUUCCGAACUUCCGACUUUGGCUCUCAUUUUUUGAUUUACGUUGGGAAUCUGCAAAUUGAGCUCCAAGAACUGCUUUGCUUAAGGCGAAAAUUCACUUUUUGUGCAGGAAAAUUCCUUUUUUCAUCUUGAACGGAAUUGCAGAAAAGUCUUUAUUCUUCAUGUUAUGUUUGAAGAUAUUUUCGUGAAAUCCAAUGAUUUUUCAAAAUUAAAUCAUCUUUUUCACUCUCUGACGGCUUUUUUUGGAAUUUACGAAAUUGUUACGGCACGGCAUCAUAUUUAUUUUUGAAGCUAGAAUUUUUCUGAAGUCUUUCCUCCGAAAUCAAGUUGCAUCUCAUUUGUUAUGCUCCCCAGAGGAAUGAAAAUUUAAGUAUCCAAAUACUUUUUUUUUAGCGAAUCACCAAAGACAACAUGUAUAUCGAUCCGAAAGAUCAUGUCCCCCUGUACAAAUGUCAUGUUGAUGGGUGCGAUUGGCGGGGCAAUUUUCGGUGAGAUUUUGGAGUUUUUGCUGAUUUACUCGGCAAUUUUCAGAGCGACAAGAUCGGCCCACAUGCGAAAAGUCCACCCCAACAUCCAUGAGGAACGGAGGAAAGCUCCGGCGGUGAAUUUUUUUUUGAAAACAUUUGCCUGGGGCUAAUUUUUGACUUCAAAUGAAGUUUCUUGUAUCUUUAUCCAGGUUCAAUUAGCCGUUUACCUUUCAAUUGUCAUUUUUCAAAAGCAUUUUUUAAGUUAAAAACUGGUAUUUUCUAUCAUUUCUCGAACUUUAAUCGACAUAGAGAGAUUCCUUGAAAUUAAUCGGUUUUAAGCAUUUUUGUCAAAAACGCUCUAAAUUUUUGUUUUGAAUUGUUGAAAUUGCCCUUAAAAUUUCAUACAGCUUAUUUGAGCCUUCUAGUUAGUAAAUUUUCAUCGAAAUGGGCAAAAAUAUAAGAAAUAUUCCAAAACCGCAUGGCCACCCGUCUCACUUAUGCGCCUCGCAGUCAUUCAGCUGUGGCUUGCAUCGUGGCCGAGUGGCGGAGACCCCUGUCUCCCGCUCGCACGGUCACCGGUUCGACUCCCCUUCAAAAUGCGUGAACCAACUCGGCGCGGCGCACAUUGCGCUGCAUCGUCUGUUAUUUACGCGAAAUGAGCAAUUACUGGCGAUUUCGCUAACCUCGAGCUAUUAUAGCCGGAGUUUGAUAGUAGGCCGCUGGACAAUCUUUUGGAUUUUGUACUAGAAAGUUCAAUUUGAUCGCGUAAAAAGUGAAUUUGGUGGAAUAGAAAAUAUUUCUGGAUUUUCAUAUUUCCAUAGGCUAAGUCGGAAAGAGUGGAAAAGGCUUCUCAGAAAUUUUCCUUUUUUGCUCCCUUUUUGCGCUAUUCCGCGCCAGCUUGUCACGUUUUUCUUUCCGCCAAAAAGACCGUAUACCAAAUUAGAUCAAAUUUCUGCUUUUAUAACGGCAAGCAACGAAGGUCUUGAAGCGAAGUUGGUCAAAUUUGACCUGGCCUUUCGGCGGAAAGAAAAACGUGACAAGCUAGCGCGGAAUCGCCUGUAUUUCUUCAUAUCUUAUGCACCAUUUUUGCUGCCUCUUCCUUUUUCCACCCAAUCUUGAGCCUUGAAGUCCCAGAAAUAGGAAGGCUCGAUAAAGGGGCUCUUUUUGCGGCCUUUUUUAAACCUCUCCCUUCUAGCGGCCAUUAUCCACCAUUACGACUUUUCCUGAGUUCGCUGAAGAACGUGGAUUUAACAACUGAAUAGAUUCAGAAUCAUGGUAGAAUCGAAAGUUUUGUAAAAGUCACGAGCUCACGAAAUUUUUCUGAGAUUUUCCAAGAUCUAAACGCAAGCUUAUUACAGAAAUCUGAUAUUUUUGGUUCAAUAUUCUCAUUUUUAGGGAGGCUUUGUGGCUGACGGACAGUACUUCUGCCAUGUCGAAGGCUGUGAAUGGCGCGGCUGUUCGAGAUCGACCAGAGCCUCGCACAUGAGAAGGGAACACGCUGAUUACGUCUUCGGGCAACAAGUCGACGAGGCUGGCCACAAGGUGCGGAAAUGCUUAAUUCUCAACUGCUUUUAGUUUUUCAGCUUGAAAGGUUUCAGGUUGAAAAUAAUGAAUUUGCGCGUAAAAAAUUUUCUAGCUUUUCUUUUUGGUCCUUGAUAGAAAUAAGGCGCUUUUGGGGUCUUUUUGAAAUUAAUAAAGCUGGGCUUCAAUCAAUUUUUAAGUUAAAAAAUCAUUUUAUCAUUGAAAACGCGUUUAGUGACUUCAUUUUCACUUCAAAAGUUUGACGAGUACCUUCAAAAGUUCAGUUUUUCCAGCAUUUUCAUUAUUUUUAAAUUCGAGCUGCUCUUUCAUGAAUUCGUUACCUGACCUUUAUCGGGAAAAAUAUUUUUAGAACUAGUACAAUAUUUUUGUGCAUCUGACACCUUUAUCAUUAUAAAAUUCAACAUGGAAGGUCAUUUUUUUGUCAUGAAAUUCCGAUGUUUUUCAUCAUAAUCCGUCAAAAAAAUAUAGUUCCUUUAUUUUUUUUCCCUCUGGAAGUAUUUAUCUAUUUUUCUAGGUCCCAAGGACGAUGAUCCAGUGCUGCGAAUGCAAUUUCGAAUGCUACAGUCAGCAAGUCUUGGUCGAUCAUGUCAAGAGAUCCCACGGUCUAACCUUCUUCGUCCAUCGACGUUUCAAGAACAAACUCGAAUUCGAGGUUUUCAGAACCUUGAUUUUCUUGAUAAUUUUUUCUUUGAAGUGCUGGCUGCGAAGCGUCAAAAGGGCCUAUUCAAUAGACUUCAAGAAAAAUCCGCCCAUUCGGCUGACAACUGGGGAACAGGUGCAGUUUUUAGUGUUGAAAAAGAGAUUUUGAAGAUAAUUUAGAUAUAGCCUAUUCCGCGCCAGCUUUUCACGUUUUUCUUCCCGCCAAAAAGACCGUAUAUCAAAUUAGAUCAAAUUUCUGCUUUUAUAACGGCAAGCAACGAAGGUCUUGAAGCGAAAUUUAGUUAAAUUUGACCUGGCCUUUUGACGGAAAGAAAAACGCGACAAGCUGGCGCGGAAUGGCCUAUAAUAAUGGUUUUGUAAAGUUUUUGGGAAUUUCAAUUUUGAUUUUAAAAUGUAAAUUUCUCAUGGGAGGUUUAAAUUUUACAACUUUUGACGGGUUUCCCAGCAACUUUGGAGGUUUUUGAAGCUAUACUGUGGGAAAUUCUAAUGGGAAUAUUUAAAAAAACCGUUUUUCAAGCUUUUUCUUAAUAAUUUAUUUAGUUUUUAUUAUUUUUUUGAUGAUUUUGAGAGCAAUUUUUUUGAUUGGUUUCUGAAGUUAUAAUAUGUAAAUUCCUAAUAAAAAUAUUUCUGAACCGUUUUCAGAUUUUUCUUAUUAUUUAACUUAUUUCACAAUUUUUGACGGCUUCCCGAGCAAUUUGGAGGAUUUGGUGAACUUACACUUGGUAAAAAGUCAAUAAGAAUACUUCUAAACGGGUUUUUGAACAUAUAUGUUCAUCUGUUUCAUGACCUUUUUUUGAUUAAUCUAGUUUUUAUACUGUUUUGAAUUUUUUUGACAGCAAUUUUUUUGAUUGGUUUUUGGAGUUAUAAUUGGUAAAAACUUGAAUGAGAAAAAUUUCUAAACGCUUUUUGAACAUUUUUCCUUCAGUUCUGAGUUUUUUUAAAUGUCUUUUACGUAAAAUUGAGUGUUUUAGAAUAUUUACGGUCAUUUAUCCUUUUUUUUGUGUUUUUCUAUUUAAAAAAAUCAAAGACAGGAAGUGAAGAAAACUGCCCUUAUAUCUCCUUUUUUUAAAACUUCAACAUUUUUCUGGAAAAAUGGAACCAUUCCUUCGGAUUUUCAGCUGACCUACUACCAUUGCUCUCACACAACGCAGCCAAAUCAGCAAAUUUCGUUCCGAUCCCGAUAUUUCCAGAACCGGAAACGUUACAGCAUGAAGAGAAAGCAUCGUCCGUGUACUGCCUAUUUGAAGGUCUAGUUUUGGGGGGGUGGGGGAUUGAAGAUAAAGCACAGAAAAAAAUGACUUGAUUCCUAGGAUGUUAAAGAAAAAAAUUGAAAUCAGAAGAAUAUGUAAAUUAAAAAACCAUAAAAAAAUUCAACCGUUUCAAAAAAAUUGGAUUAUUUUUUUUAUAAACUUUGAUUUUUUUCGAGGUUCCUAAGUGUAGCCACCUUAGUUUUUGGAAAAUUCCGAAACUUUCCAGCAGUUGGAAGGCAUUUCUAUAAAGUUAAAGAUCAUUUUCAAAAAUUCGCACUUUUUCAUUUUCAAUGAAUUUAAAGAGUUUGAUGAUUAAUCUCCGCGUUUUCCAGGUGAAAAACAUUUUUUUUUUAAAUUAAGAAGCUUUUUUUUUUUGUUGAUUUUACCCUUUGAAGCGUUUUCAGUCUUUAUUUUCCAAUCUCGGGAAAAGUCGGAAUGGUGGAUAGUGGCCGCCAAAAGGGAGAGGCUGAAAAAAGGCCUCAGAAAUUCAGAAAAAAGAAACAUUUUUAUGAGACCUUUCCAAGCCCUUCCUACUUUGCCUAUGAUGAUUCUCAAAUUUUUUUUAAAAUUUGAUUUUAUGGUCAAUUCAUUCAUUUUCCAGGUGAACGAAUCAUUGAAAGGAGUCAUGACCGUGGACGGAUGCGUAGAGCAUUUCGGUCAUCGGAUGGGCCUUCCCAUGUUGAGAUUUGGGAAACUCGACCGCGAAUGCAUGGGCGCCUUUCUAGAGCAGAAGAGCUGCGGAAUGCCGAUGACGCUGGAUGGCGCUUUGGAGAAGCUUAGAAGUGAGAAUGGAGAACCUUAG